AUGCGCGCGCACCCGGGGGGAGGCCGCUGCUGCCCGGAGCAGGAGGAGGGGGAGAGCGCGGCGGGCGGCAGCGGCGCUGGCGGCGACUCCGCCAUAGAGCAGGGGGGCCAGGGCUGCGCGCUCGCCCCGUCCCCGGUGAGCGGCGUGCGCAGGGAAGGCGCUCGGGGCGGCGGCCGGGGCCGGGGGCGGUGGAAGCAGCCGGUCCCUUUCCCGUCGGGGAGCGCGGGACCGGGGCCCAGGGGACCCCGGGCCACGGAGAGCGGGAAGAGGAUGGACUGCCCGGCCCUCCCCCCCGGAUGGAAGAAGGAGGAAGUGAUCCGAAAAUCUGGGCUCAGUGCCGGCAAGAGCGAUGUCUACUACUUCAGUCCAAGUGGUAAGAAGUUCAGAAGCAAACCUCAGUUGGCAAGGUACCUGGGAAAUACUGUUGACCUCAGCAGUUUUGACUUCAGAACUGGAAAGAUGAUGCCUAGUAAAUUACAGAAGAACAAACAGAGACUGCGGAAUGAUCCUCUCAAUCAAAAUAAGGGUAAGCCAGACUUGAAUACAACAUUGCCAAUUAGACAAACAGCAUCAAUUUUCAAACAACCGGUAACCAAAGUCACAAAUCAUCCUAGUAAUAAAGUGAAAUCAGAUCCACAACGAAUGAAUGAACAGCCACGUCAGCUUUUCUGGGAGAAGAGGCUACAAGGACUUAGUGCAUCAGAUGUAACUGAACAAAUUAUAAAAACCAUGGAACUACCUAAAGGUCUUCAAGGAGUUGGUCCAGGUAGUAAUGAUGAGACCCUUUUAUCUGCUGUUGCCAGUGCUUUGCACACAAGCUCUGCACCGAUCACAGGGCAAGUCUCCGCUGCUGUGGAAAAGAACCCCGCUGUUUGGCUUAACACGUCUCAACCCCUCUGCAAGGCUUUCAUUGUCACAGAUGAAGACAUUCGGAAACAGGAAGAGCGAGUACAACAAGUGCGUAAGAAAUUGGAGGAAGCACUGAUGGCAGACAUCUUGUCACGAGCUGCUGAUACGGAGGAGAUGGGCAUUGAAGUGGACAGUGGAGAUGAGGCCCAAGAUUAGCAUCAGGUAACUUUCGACCGACUUUCCCCAAGAAAAAAUUCCUAGAAUUGAACAAAAACGUUUCCACUGGGUUUCGCCUGUAAGAAAAAAAUGCACCCGAGCACAUAGAGCUUUUUAAUAGCACUAACCAAUGCCUUUUUAGAUGUAUUUUUGAUGUAUAUAUCUAUUAUUCAAAAAUGAUGUUUAUUUUGAGUCCCAGGACUUAAAAUUAGCCUUUUGUAAUAUCUGUCAAGCAGGACCCUGAAGAUGAAGCUGAGCUUUUCAUGCCAGGUGCAAUCUACUGGAAAUGUAGCACUUAACGUGAAAUAUUCGUCUCCCCCGCAAUUUUAAUAUGAACGGAUCAGGAGUUACCAAAUAAAUUUCCCAAUGAAAGCGUAUUGUGACUUCACUGUAUAUAAACAGAUUUUUAUACUUUAUUGAAAGAGGACACCUGUACAUUCUUCCAUCAUCACUGUAAAGACAAAUAAAUGAUUCUAUUCACA